AUGAAUGGGCUAAAGAAGGUGCUGACACUGGACACCAUGAACCAGUGUGUGCGCAGGUUGGAGUAUGCGGUUCGCGGCCCCAUUGUGGUUCGUGCUUUGGAACUGGAGCAGGAGUUGCGCCAGCUGCUGGCUGGCCUCUACCUCGUGCAGGGCCUGCCCUACGGGCUACAGUCUGGCCUGCUGCCCAUGCUGCUGAGGGCCCGUGGCCUCUCGAUGACGCGGGUCGCCUUUACCAAAGGGCUGCAUGUCCCGUGGCUGUUCAAGCUGGUGUGGGCCCCGCUCGUGGACAGGAGAGGGUCCCUGCGGACAUGGCUGGUGGUCAGCACAGCUGCUCUGGGCGUGGUGUGUGGGCUGCUGGCGGGGCUGCCUCCUAGGGAGGCUGGUCAGGGUGGGCUGCACACCACAGCGGCAGCGCUGCUCCUGCUGCUGAACCUGGGAGCGGCUGUGCAGGACGUGGCGCUGGACACCCUCGCCGUGCAGCUCCUGGAGCCGACUGAGCUGGGGCCUGGCAACACGGUGCAGGUAGUGGCCUACAAACUGGGGGCGGCACUGGCGGGAGGUGGGCUGUUGGUCCUGGUGCCCACCCUCUCCUGGGCUGUGCUCUUCAUCCUCCUGGCUGCAGUCUAUUCCCUGGCUGCUGCCAUAGCCUGGACUUCAGCAGCCUUGCGUCAGCAACCCGCAGCCCAGCCUUCGGAGCCGCCCCAGUGCCCUCAGCACCACCUGCCGGCCAUGCUGGCCGUGCCUGGAACUCUGUGGACAGCUGGCUUCGUGCUCAUCUACAAGCUGGGUGAGCAGGGCGCUGUCAGUCUUUUCCCGCUCUUCCUGCUGGACCACGGUGCUUCUGCUGCAGAGCUGGGACUGUGGAAUGGUGUGGGGGCCAUGGCCUGCUCCGUUGCUGGCUCCUCACUGGGUGGGGCCCUGCUGGCCAGAUGCCGGCAUCCACUACCCCUACUGAGGCCCAUGUUGCAGGUCCGCCUGGGGGGUCUGGCCUUCCAGACUGCCCUGCUCUUCCACCUUGAUGCCCUGGGGACUGGGAUGGACCCUGGCCCAGUCCUGAAAGGACUCGCCUUGCUAAGCCUGUGCCUGCAGCAGUUCCUGGGAGGCCUGAUCACUACAGCCACCUUCACUCUCAUGAUGCGAUGCAGCCGACUUGCACCCAGCGCCUUGCAGGCUACACACUACAGUCUCCUGGCCACCCUGGAGCUGCUCGGGAAGCUGAUGUUGGGCACACUGGCUGGCGUGCUGGCUGACAACCUGGGGCUACAGCUUUCCUUCUCCCUCUUCCUGGCACUCUCAGCCAUGUCCACAUCUUACCUGGGACUGGCUCCCAGCUCCCUGACCCAAUAG